AAAAAAAAAGUACUAAUUGCUCUCACAGUGGCUGAAGAAAGAAACCAAACCAGUCCUCAGUCUUCUCUAAACCCCAACAAAAAUGGCUUCGCGUCGGCUCUUAACCCCUCUUCUCCGAUCCCCUUCCAGAUUUUCGAUCUCAAACCAUAACCCUACCCUAUCAACCCCCUCGCAAUCGCCUCCCCCCGCUUCGCCGUACGCCCACCUCCUCCGGAAUGCUCUUCUUACCGGCCGCCGCAUGCUCCACGCCUCUUCUUCUAUCAUCACUAACUCAGAGGUGCCUGCUUUGCUUGGCCGUAUCCCAUCUACUGUUCGAUACCAAGCUACUGCAGCUACUUAUCUUGGAGGACUUAGAACAACCUACAAGCGUUCCAUCUCUUCUGCCCAAGCUAUUCAUGUGCCUUCUGUCCAACAGACCCUUGCUACUAGAACUAAGGUUGUUGACUUUCUUGCACCAUACCAAAGAAGAGGAAAUAUUGGGUUGUUUGGUGGGGUUGGUGUAGGGAAAAACUAUGCUCACUAUUCAGCUCAACCUGGUGGCAAAAGUGGAGGAUUCAAAAAACAGCGCAAGGGAAGAAUGAAAGGACUAUCUUGCCGAGGUAAUCGUAUCAGCUUUGGUAAAUAUGGUCUUCAAGCGCUUGAACCUGCUUGGAUCACAGCUAGACAAAUAGAAGCAGGGCGGAGAGCAAUGUCACGAAAUGCACGUGGCGGAGGGAAAAUAUGGGUACGAGUAAUUUCAGACAAACCAGUUACAGCAAAGCCUACAGAAGUACGUAUGGGCAAGGGGAAAGGAGCUGUCUCGCAUAUGGUGGCUGUUGUUUUACCGGGCAGAAUACUUUAUGAAGUGAGCGGAGUAGCAGAAAAUGUAGCCAGAAGGGCUAUUACUAUAGCUGGAUCCAAAAUGCCUAUAAAAACUAAAUUUGUUGUCUCAGGGUAGGAAUGUAGGACCAAUGGAAAGAGUUUUUGGACAGGAAAAGCAAUUGCAGGUUUCUAUUUUCUGUUUUGAACACUCCAUUUCACCAUUCUUGCAUUGAAAAGGAAAGACCUGAUAAAGGAAAUGAUAUGAUUAAACCUCGAACAAAUCCAUUUGAAUUUGAUUGUGUAUUGGAAGUA